AUGCGAUGGGUUGAUCCUUUAAAAACUAUCAAGAAACAAUGUCGAGGCCCAACAUAUGAAUUCUAUUUCCGUGUGAAGUUUUAUGUAUCUGACCCAAGCAAACUUAGUGAGGAGUAUACAAGAUACCAUUUUUUCCUUCAGUUGAAAAAAGAUCUUGUGGAAGGCCGUUUGGUUUGUCCCCAUUCUACUUCAGCAUUGUUAUCUAGUUAUGCUAUUCAGUCUGAAUUGGGUGACUACAAUACUGAUGAACACAAAGGAGAUUACUUAUCUGAAUUCCGCUUCAUCCCAAGCCAAACAGCGGAAUUUGAACGCCAAGUGAUAGAAUAUCACAAACAGCACAGAGGCCAGACUCCAGCUGAGGCUGAAUACUGUUUUUUGGAAAGGGCAAAGCGGUUAGAAAUGUAUGGUGUGGAUCUUCAUAAUGCUAGGGAUCAGAGUAAUCUUGAAAUACAGCUUGGUGUCACCUCGGCAGGUCUUGUGGUAUUCCAGAAUUUUGUAAAAAUCAAUACAUUCUCAUGGUAA